UCAUUCUGAUUUUGAAUGCAAGAAUGGAAGUUGAUUUGCUUAUUUUGCUUGAUACAAGUGGAUCAGUUUUUCCCUCAUUUAAUUUACAACAUCAAUUAGCACAAAAUAUUUUAAAAGAAAUAAAUAAUGAGGAAAUUGGUGAAAGAUUAAGAAUUGGAUUAAUUAGUUUUGCUUCUGAACCAAAAUUGGUUUUGACGUUAAAAGAAAGUGUUGUAGUAGAUAAUAAAGAAAUUAUUGAAAGACUGAACGAUAUAAAAUUUACUGGAAGUAAUACAAGAAUUGCAGAUGCUGUGGAGUUGGCUUUAAGUGAAUUUGAGAUGGGGGGAAGGAGGGAUUCUAAAAAGAUUCUAAUACUCAUUAGUGAUGGUCAUGGACAAGAAUUUUGGUCCAGGGCACAAGCUGUUGGCCGAAGACUUCAACAAACCCCCUCAUUACUUUCUUUUGCUGUUUCAGCCAGUCAAGAUUUUAAUUUUCCUGAAUUAUUACUUUAUAUUGGAAAUAAUAAAAGAAUUUUUGUUGGCAAAAGUCAUAAAGAGUAA